AUGGCUCAUUCCGGAUCAUCGGGAAGUAUUAAAAGCGGAAUUAUAGAUUUUACAGCCGGAUCUUUAGGGGGAAUAGCGGUGGUGUAUGUGGGACAACCUUUAGAUACAGUGAAAGUUAAAAUGCAAACAUUUCCCCACUUAUACAAAGGCAUGUACCACUGUUUGAAACAAACAUUAAGGAAUGACGGCAUCGUCAGAGGUUUAUAUGCUGGAACUACUCCGGCUAUCAUGGCAAAUGUUGCCGAGAACUCAGUUCUGUUUGCCGCUUAUGGUUAUUGUCAGAAAUUUGUUUGUCACAUCACCGGAACAGAGAGUGUGGACCAGUUGUCGACUCUAGGCAAUGCGUCAGCGGGGUUCCUGGCCUCGUUCUUCUCAUCCUUCACUCUUUGUCCGACGGAGCUCAUCAAGUGUCAACUUCAAGCGAUGAGGGAAGUGAAUGUCAACGGUUCACAAACAGCAGUGAGGCUGACUCCGUUGCAACUAACUCAGCAGAUCUUCAAACAGUAUGGUAUUCAAGGUUUGUUCAGAGGUCUUGUGCCAACCAUCAUGAGGGAAAUGCCAGGAUACUUCUUCUUUUUCGGUGGAUAUGAAGGUACAAGACAGCUCCUCACUAAGCCAGGCCAGUCAAAGGACGACAUAGGUCCGUGGCGCACGAUGGUCGCGGGCGCGGUGGGAGGCCUAGUGUUAUGGACGGUGAUCUUCCCCUCUGACGUCAUCAAGUCCCGCGUACAGAUAUCCAAUAAGAGUCAGAAGUUCCUCACCGUCGGUAUGGAAAUUGUUAGGAAAGAAGGAGCGCUAGCCCUCUACAACGGUCUAAAGCCGACACUGGUCCGUACAAUCCCGGCGACGGCCGCCCUGUUCGUGGUUUAUGAAUACUCGAAGAAAUUCAUGCAUCAGUCGUUUGGAGAUUAA